AAGAAAAGGACAUAAAGUAAGAGGAAACAAGGAACGAGUUGGGGGGUUAGAAGAGGACGUGGUUGGGUUGUUUUCUUUUGUUUUGUUUCCUUCCACUCUUUCUUCUUCUUCAUUUCCUCUUUCUUUCUUCUUCCUUCUCCAUUUUUUCUCUAAUCGUUGGACAAAAAAGAUUGAGCCUUUUUCUGGGUUUUAUUUUCUAUAAAGGAAUCGAAAGAAGCAAGGACAGAUUUUAAAAAAAAAAUCUUGGGUUUUCAAGAAAAAGUAGAGACAUUUUAAAGAAUCAAUAGAUUUGUGGGGGUGAAGUAAGGAACAUGGAGGAAACAAUGGCAGCUAGGUAUUGGUGUCACAUGUGUUCACAAAUGGUGAAUCCAGUAAUGGAAUCUGAGAUCAAAUGUCCCUUUUGCCAAAGCGGAUUCAUCGAAGAAAUGAGCGGUAAUGGCGGUGGAGGUGGUGGCAGAGGCAUAAGAGAUGUUCAAGAUUCAGAAACCGAUUUUGGAACAGACCGUGCAUUGUCUCUAUGGGCACCAAUCUUGCUUGGAAUGAUGAGUAGUCCUCGAAGACGAAGAAGGUUUAGAAGAUCAGAGUUUGGUGAAGAGAAUGAUGAUAAUGGUGAUGACUUGACUACUAAUGCUGAUGGGAAUGGGAAUGAUAGUAACAACAGUAAUAAUAACGUGUAUCGUCAUCAUCGAGCUAGGAGACAUGGUGGAGAGAUUGAUUUAGAUAGAGAGUUUGAAUCUAUCUUGAGGAGAAGACGAAGAAGCUCAGGGAAUAUAUUGCAGUUGCUUCAAGGGAUUCGUGCAGGGAUUGCUUCUGAGUAUGAAAGCUCUGAUAACAAUUGGGAUAAUUCUCGAGAGAGGGAUAGAGUUAUAAUGAUUAAUCCGUAUAACCAAUCGCUAGUUGUUCCUUCGGAUCAGAAUCAGAAUCAUCCUUCAUUGACUUCACUUGGAGAUUACUUCAUUGGACCUGGUUUAGAUCUUUUGCUUCAGCAUUUGGCUGAGAAUGAUCCUAAUAGGCAAGGGACUCCACCUGCUCGUAAAGAAGCUGUUGAAGCUUUACCAACGGUUAAGAUAAUGGAACCUUUGCAAUGUUCUGUUUGUUUGGAUGAUUUUGAGAAAGGUACGGAAGCUAAAGAGAUGCCUUGUAAGCAUAAGUUUCAUGUUCGGUGUAUUGUUCCCUGGCUUGAGCUUCAUAGUUCUUGUCCUGUGUGUCGUUUUGAGCUUCCUUCUAGUGCUGAUGAUGAUGAUGAGACUAAGACUGAUUCCGAGAGAGUGCUGAGAACAAGAAAUGUUCGGGAAACGAGUAACGGAAACGUUGUUGAGAAUGUGGGAAAUGCGGAUAGAGGAAGAGAGGAUGAGGUGAGGAGUGGAAAUGGGAGACGGUUUUCGUUUCCAUGGCCGUUUAGUGGAUUGUUCUCGUCUUCUUCUUCUUCGUCUUCUUCAACCUCUGGAUCUCAAUCUGGUGAGAACAAUUUCUUCUCAAGAUCUUCUGGUUCUUCUCGCUGAGAGCAAAACAAUCAAAAACUAAAACAUCUUGGAUUUUGUUAUUGUUCUUCAUCUUUUGUUGUUCUCUCAUUUUUCUAGCUAUUGAACUUGUUAUUUCCUCUGCAUUUCAUUCUCUGCUUUACUGUACAUAGAAAUGAUGUUCUUUCACUCAGACUGUUGAAAAACAAAUAUCCAUUGUUGGUGUACAGAGAUGAUCAAAUUUCAGUUUCCAUUGUUUUAGUUUUCAAGUAUGAAAUUAUCUGUCAAUCGAGUCCAAAUAAUGACGAAAUAUAUACAAUGAUUCAAU